GGAGAUUGUCUAUCAAUGAAGUAGUAAAAGGGGGGGACGUCUGCGGCGGAGGAGAAGGGAAAGGUUUUUUAGUCGGAGCCUUUGAGGGAGAGUUUGCUUUGGCUGGGUUCCCUGCUUUUAUCUACUGAAUUCCAGAGGUGACCAACAAGAAAAUAAAUAAAUAAAAAAAUGAAGUUCAUCAUUGGCAUCGGAGGAGUGACCAACGGUGGGAAGACCACUCUGACAAACAGACUACUAAAGACAUUACCCAACUGUUGCGUGGUGCAUCAGGAUGACUUUUUCAAGAGUCCCGCUCAAAUAGAAGUCGGGGAGGACGGCUUUAGACAGUGGGAUGUGAUCACCGCCCUGGACAUGGAGGCCAUGGUGAACACGGUGAAAGGCUGGCAGGAGAACCCGGUCAAGUUCGCCCGCUCUCACGGCGUCAGCCUGUCGCCCGAGGCCGAGCACUCCGACUCGGAGGACGGGGUCCACAUCCUCAUCGUGGAGGGGUUCCUCAUCUACAACUACAAGCCUCUCAUCGACACCUAUGACAAAUGUUUCUACAUUUCCAUUCCUUAUGAGGAGUGCAAAAGGAGGAGAAGCACAAGGACGUACACAGUCCCCGACCCCCCCGGCCUGUUCGACGGCCACGUCUGGCCCAUGUACUUGAGGCACAGGAAGGAGAUGGAGGACAACUGCGACAGAAUAGAGUACCUCAAUGGGAUGUCAUCGAAGGAAGAUAUCUACAGCAAAGUGUACCAAAGCGUCCACAACUCUCUGCUGAACAAGUUAUAGCAGGACGGGGCUCACAGCGGACUUGUGUACAGACUUGUAAAUAUAAUGUUGAGUAAAUGUGUAACACCAGCUCUUCUAGCCCGACUUGUAAAUAGUUAAUCGUGUAACUUAUUAAGAACUAACGGCAGAAGUGUUUUUGUAUAAUCCUACGUAAUUUCUUUUUUUUUUUUUCUAAAAGAUAAGUCAACCUCUGAACUGCCCAGUGUUUUACCACCAGACAUGAAAGUCUCGACCUUGUUGUAUGUGAAAGUUGUAAAACUCGCCCACUGGGAGGAAGGAUUUGUGUCUCAGUACUUGAACAAAGAAACGAGUGAAUCCA